AUGAGGUUCACUGGGCAGAGGGGAUCUGCCCCCCUCCAUCCUCAACCACAAAGCUGCUUCUGUGAAGAUGACGUACCCUAUAAAGUUGAGAAACCGUCUUACAACAAGGGUAGUUGUAGCUGGUGUGAUCUGAGAGCCAAUGAUAAAACACAGGAGACUGAAGUUGCUUCAAAAGAAAUACAGAACUUUGGGGAGAUUUCUGAGACGUCAGUCCAUCCCCAAGAGGAAGUCACAGUGGAGAGCAUGGGGAGUUCCGAGAUUGCGUCAACCUGGCCCCCAGCAGACGUCUCCUGGCGUGACGGAGCAGCUCGGCAGAAAUGCAGGACGCCAGACAAGGAGCAGAGCUUCGAGAGCCUGCAGCCCCUGGAAGAGGACAUGGCUUUAAACGAAGUGUUAAAGAAACUGAAACACACCAACAGAAGGCAGCAGAUGCGGAUCCAAGACCUCCAGUGUAGUAACCUGUACUUGGAGAAGAAGGUCAAAGAAUUACAGGUGAAGACUGCUAAGCAGCAAGGGUUUGUGGACAUCAUAAAUAAGCUGAAGGGCCACAUUGAAGAAUUAAUCGAAGACAAAUACAGCAUAAUCCUAGAGAAGAACGAGGCUAACAGGACACUGCAGAAUUUGCGAGAGACUUUAGCUGACACACAAAGACACCUUCAGGAAUCCAGGAAAGAGAAGGAAGCUUUGCAGCUUGAAGUCAGAAAGAUCAAGGUGAGUUUCGUUCACUUACAGGAAAGCUACAUUACUGAAUUGCAGAAAAAAAGUGUAUCUGUCAAUCAGGGGACACAGACGGACAGAGUCUUCGGCAUCAAAGAAGAAGGAGUCCAGAGGUUGCCCCAGCCCAGAGAAGGACUGGAAAAGGUCACCCCCUCUGCCUUGCACCUGUUGAAAAGGGAAAAAGAGACCCAAGAAUUAGAGUUCUUGGCUUUACAGGAGGAAUUCCAGAAACACAAAAAGAAAAACAUGGAAGAAAGACAGAAAUUGAAAUCUAGACUUGAGAAAUCGGUUACCCAAGUUAAAUAUUUGCAAUUCAUGUGUGAAAAUGAAAGAGCUAAGAACACAAAUCUUCAACAGCAGGUUGACGAAGUGAAAAGUGAGAAUGCGAAACUGCAGCAGCAGGUGGCAAGGAGCCAGGAGCAAAACCGUGUCCCUAACUAUGAGAUGGCUCAGCUGAAGGAGCAGCUGGAGGAAGUCGUGGAGCCAGACGUCACCAAGAAUUCAAAGAUGCUGCAUUCUCCUUUGUUGCUGUCUCGCUCGCCUCACGAAGAAGGGAGCCGGGACCCUCCGGAUGUGAAGAGGAAUUCGCAGCUGGCCUCCAAAAUCCAUAGCCUCCUGGCUCUGAUGUUAGGACUUCUCACAUAUCAGGACAUCAUCAAUCCCCAUGCUGGACGUUUCAAAGAGAGUGAGAAAGUGAGUGAUAUAAUGCUGCAAAUAUUGAAGAGCUUCCAUCUUAAGAAGAAAAACUUAGAUAAAGAGCUACUGAAACAUAAAGACAAAAUCACAACCUUCAGGGAGUUAAUUGCUAAUGAGAAGGCAUUUCACGAUCAUGCUUUUGAGGUUACAGGCUGUGAUUCAAAUGAAGCCAAGAAUGUCAGAGAUCUGCCUGUCUUGUUGGGAGCCAAACUGGAUAAAUACCACAAUCUGAACGAGGAGCUUGAUUACUUGAUCACAAAAUUGGGAUAUCUUCUUGAGUCCAAAGAAGACCACUGCGGCAGACUCAUGGAAGAAAACGACGAGUACCAAAGACAUUUAGGCAGCCUAAUAAAUAAGGUUACGUCAUAUGAAGAAAUCAUCAGAUGUGCUGACCAGAGGCUGGAGAUGUCCCACUCCCAGAUCGCACUCUUGGAAGAGAGAAAUAGACACUUGGAAGAUUUAUUGAGGAGGCCCAGAGAGAGUGCCAGAAAACCAAGACCAAGAAGAUUAAAAAAUCAUUUGAAGUCCAUGACCGUGGUAGGCCAUCUUUUUAAAAAUUUUUUAUGA